CCGGGCCAAUCGGAAGCGAGGUUACAGGGAGGCGGCUGAGCGGGCGGUGGGGGUGGGAAGCUAGAUUAGGAGCGAGACGUGAGGCUAGAACCCCGAGCGUGGUCGGUUGGAGCCACUAUGUCUGCCCGGAGGCACAUUGGGAAUCCUGAGUAUCUGACCAGACGGAUACCACAGAACCCAAGGUAUCAACAUAUCAAGUCAAGACUGGAUACUGGGAACAGUAUGACCAAAUACAUCGAGAAGCUAGAAGAGAUUAAAAAAAAUUAUAGAUACAAAAAAGAUGAACUUUUCAAGAGACUAAAAGUUACCACUUUUGCCCAGCUGGUCAUUCAAGUUGCUUCCCUGUCAGAUCAAACACUGGAAGUGACAGCUGAGGAGAUUCAGAGGCUGGAAGACAAUGACUCCGCAACUCCAGAGGCUGAUGCUGAAGUUGCUGCCGAGACCAAUGGGAGAGGGAGCCCUGGGGAGCAGCCACCCAGUCCUGUCCAGUUCAUCAACAGCCCAGAAACAGGCGACUCGAGUCGCUCCACUCUCCAGAGCGUCAUCAGUGGCGUUGGGGAACUGGAUGUAGACAGAGGGCUAGUGAAAAAGGAAGAGCCCAGUGGUAAAGACAAGCCUUAUCCGGACUGCCCCUUCCUGCUGCUAGAUGUGCGGGACAAAGACUCUUAUCAGCAGUGCCACAUUGUCGGGGCUUACAGUUACCCAAUCGCAACUCUGUCCAGGACAAUGAACCCCUAUUCAAACGAUAUUCUUGAGUAUAAAAAUGCUCACGGCAAGAUCAUUAUUCUCUACGACGACGACGAGAGGCUGGCGAGCCAGGCGGCCACCACCAUGUGUGAACGCGGGUUCGAAAACCUCUUCAUGCUUUCUGGGGGUCUGAAAGUCUUAGCUCAGAAAUUCCCAGAAGGACUGGUCACUGGUGCCCUGCCAGCCUCUUGCCAGCAGGUCCUCCCUCAUGCUUCUGCCCGGAAACGAUCCAGCCCCAAAAUGCCACCCCUGCCAGCUGAGAACAAAUGGAGAUUUACCCCAGAAGACUUGAAAAAGAUAGAAUGCUAUCUGGAAGCGGAGCAGGGCCUGGCAGGCAAUCAGGGCCGAAUGAACCAGAAUAACUCCGGCGGAAGAGACUUGAAGGUGCCUGCUGGCCGCAGUGGCCAGAACCUGCCCACCGGGGGCCCUGCUGGCCACUCAAACCCCCGCACACCCAACAGCGGUCACCUGCAAGGCAAACCCUGGAAGUGAAGACCUGUGUCAUGUAGUCAAAUAAAUGUCCCCUCCUUUUGGAACCCCAGCACUCCCACCUUGGUCAUUUUCAGAACUGGUGUCGAGAAAGCCGCACUCCAGGCCAGACCAGGCCAGACCAGGCCAGACCAGGCCAGACCAGGCCGGACCAGGCCAGACCAGGCCCGCCCCUCCUGUUUGCAGCCCCCUCCCUUCACUCAGGAAGGAUUCUGACAGAUGACCACAAGAACCAGAGCUUGACAGGCUCUCCUGCCCUCUCUAUUGUUUACAGGAUAGCCAUGUCUCUGGAAACUGAAUAGGAAAAAAGAAAGAUACUUUCUUUUAAAUAAGGUCCAGCCUGUUUGGUCUGUAACCAGUGUUGUUUUGUAAUAAUUCCCUCACAUCUGCUGGUGUGUUCUUCCCAGCCAGCUUUUUUUCAUUCACUGUUGAUUUCAUGAAAGAUUCUCUAGGUGGGCCUGCAUUGGCCUCUGUCCCGAGGGGUGCAGAUGCGUCUUGGUUCCCGCAGCCCACGGGCCCAGUGGGGACCCCCCCUAGGCCAGGUGCCUGGCUGAGUCACCCAGCCUGUGUGCUGCAGGCUCUGCUGGGAGUUUGAGGCUGAGGAGUCUCUGAGCAUGGUUCCAUCUUACUGGGUUAGCAGAGAGGCGCUAUGCAAAAUAAUCCCCUUGUCAAAUGGUUCCCGAGACCAAAAAGGUGUGUGCUCAGCUGCCCUAACACCUAAAGGAGGGCCUAGUAGAGGAAGGUCCCAGCGUCUUCCAGCUGGGUGCUGAGAGCCCUGGAAGGCCACCACUGCUGGCCCCUCCAUUGUGAGCCUUAGAUCAAUUAAAAUCUCCCAUUGCCUAAUCUGAGCCCAGCUGUGUUAGCUGGCUAGCAAUCACAGUCACUUGAGAGCAUCAGCGUCGUCGUCGUCGCUCAGGCAAGGGGAAGGCACAGGUGAGGAGGACUCCCGAGUCCUCUGUCAGGGCUGACAACCCUCGAGCCCUUGCCUAAAAAUACAGUAUUAGUCUAAUUGAGUAAUGAGUGCAAUUUCCUGCUUGCUUUUCAUUCUCACGACUGAGCUGUGAUUAGGAGGCUGUGAUUAUAGAUUCUGGUUUUGGCCGGAAUUUUGAAUUGGCAUUAAUUGAAUUGCUAGAUGACUGACAUCCAUUCUCUUUAAUUGGGGGAACAAAAGACCUCAGGUAAGGAUGAGGCGCAUGAAGUCACGGGAAGGAAGAGCCCUGUUAAUUUUUAUGGUCUGUGAUCGGAGCUGUGAUAAGGGACUAAGGAAUAAAUUGUGCUCUUUGUCAUGGCAACCAGCUUCUGAAAAGCCAACUGAAAAUUGCCUAUCCUUAGGUGGUUACUGCUGCUGGGUAAGAUUCACCUUAACAGUACUAUUUUCUCACCACUAAAAAAAAAAAAAGGAAAAAGAAAAAGGCCCUACAGUAUUUCUAGCAUGAGGGCUGUGUUUGUAAGAGAAAUAAACGUAAUAAAUAUCUCAUGGAGACAUAUGGAAAAAUAACUCAGUCAGCCCAGCUCUGUUUCAGAAUGUGUUUAUUCUUCUCUACUUGAUUUCCAAAGUGCAACAUUUUCCAAUGCUUUAGAAAUCAAACAAACCAGGGACAUUGUUCAGAUGUCAAGCCGUGCCCAAUUUUCCACAAGAUUCUCGAAUCUUGUAUAAAAUUCAGCCAACGUACACAUAGUUUUAAUGAGAAGCCUGUCAUGUUUCCCCAUAAAUUUAUUGCCUGAGAACUUAGUUCAGCCUUUUGCUAAUGCCAAAACGCACUGGCUUUUUAUUUUCUUUACGGCAUAGAUAGAAAAAUGCAAAUUUUUCCACAUUUGAUUUUCCCCUAGCAUGGACAAGAUUUUCAGUCAUCUUUGACACAUAUACAUUCCUAAGGAAAGUAUUUUCCUCGGGAGCAGAGUUCUGGCUUGCCACUUUAACAUGGGCUAGUCAGGAGGUUAGACCUCCUCAUCCAAUUCUAUUUUGAAAGAACCAUUCCGCCAACGGAUGGUAGUGUCAGAAACUAUUGUAUAGAUGUGCAAAACCCGGCUAGCGGAAGCAGUUAAAAUUGCUGUGUGUGUACUGGCGUGGGCCAGCAGGCUGAAUGUGUUUCCGUGUGCCUCUCCACAGCACUUUGCCCUGCUGGCAGAUUUCAAACUUCCAAGAGACCUGAUCCGACUCCGCACUCAGUGUUACUCUCCGACGCUGUUGCUUCUUAACAUUCCGCUUUACCAGUUCCUUCAUUAGAGUAUUUGACAUGUAUUAUUUAAAUGAUCAGUGAUACUUUGUGCAAUUAUGAAUGUUGAAGAUUAAAGAACGUAGUUACUAA